AUUUUCAUGUCAAAUAUGUACAUACUCUUACAAACAUAUGUAUAGCAGAGUCCUCUGCUUUUAUAGAUACAAAUGAACCCAAGAAUACAAUUGGAUGGAUGUCUUCCAAAACCAAAGCCAAGUUAACACGCUGACUGCCGGCUGGGGCCACGUUAGUCGAGAUUCUUUUUUCUACUUGCCCACAAAAGAAAAGAAAAAGCAUUAAAACCCCAAUCUGGACUGCGUCAUAGCUUACGGAACGACGUAGAAAGAUGACACCAUCAAAAAGCCGCCCUUUGGAAAGAAAAUCCAUAGAAAACACGUCCAACCCACCUUCAUUGCAAACCCAUUCAAUUCAUACAUCAUAAGUAAAAGCCCUACACAACCCUCCUUCGCAUUCUGAGCUAUAUAUAGCUACUUUAUCCCACUUUUCUUUGCUUCCCAAGUUGCUUCAAUCUUUUUGAGUCAAUGGCGGACGAGGUGGUUCUGCUGGAUUUCUGGCCCAGCGUGUUUGGGAUGAGGGUCAGGAUCGCUCUGGCUGAGAAGGGGAUCGAAUACGAGUACAAGGACGACGACUUGAGGAACAAGAGCGAGCUGCUUCUCAAGAUGAACCCGGUUCACAAGCAGAUCCCGGUUCUCAUCCACAACGGUAAACCGGUCUGUGAAUCCCUCAUCAUUGUUCAGUACAUAGACGAGGUCUGGAACGACAAGUCUCCGUUGCUUCCUUCUGAUCCUUACCAGAGGGCUCACGCCAGGUUCUGGGCUGAUUUCGUUGAUCAAAAGGUGUAUGCAGUUGGAAAGAAUUUAUUUUCCACUAAAGGAGAAGAGCAGGAGGCAGCAAAGAAGGAUUUCUUGGAAAUAUAUAAGACAUUGGAGGGAGAGCUUGGUGAGAAGCCUUACUUUGGGGGUGAAACAUUUGGGUUGGUCGACAUUGCUCUCAUCACAUUCUACAGCUGGUUUUAUGUGUAUGAGACAUUGGGGAAAUUGAGCAUGGAGGCAGAGUGUCCCAAGAUCAUUGAAUGGACCAAGAGGUGCCUGCUGAAGGAGAGUGUCACCAAGUCUCUUCCUGACCAGAAGAAGGUUUACAAGCUUGUCGUGGAGUGGUUUGGACUAGAGUAAUGGUGACCUGUAGGCUGUAGCUCAACCAGCCAGAAUUGCUAUUUUUUUUUUUUUUUUUAAUUUUAAUGGUCGUGAUGUUUGUCCUUGGAACUUGUUGUAUUGUUUGGCGUGUCCUGAGCACUAUGCCAGAACUCAGAAGAGCACGUUUUAUAUUAUGUCUCUUAUCGUUGAGUAUGUCGUUGUGUCUACUAAAUGUUUUGAAAUUUCUACCAUAAGAAUAAGAAAGACACCUUGUUGUGUCUGUUCAAUGUUUGAUGAAAUUGUUCCUUUCUACUACAGGAUUAAUAAAGACACUUUGUUCUCAAGUUC